AUGCGAUACCAAACUCCAACCACACUUUCAUCUUCGACAACGGAGGUCAAGCAGCCAGCAAGCACCAUGUCUGCACAGCCUCCUUCAAUCCCUCUUUCUCUACUUCGUCUUGCUUCCGUCCUUAUCUGUCUUCACAUCCUAACGCUGGACCUCUCGGACGCCGAACACUGCUACGACAAUGGCAACUUCACGGCCGCCGGCAACUACGCCGAGAACCGUGAACUUGUCCUCUCUUCUCUGGCUAGCAACGUGGCUUCAAACGGCGGGUUCUACUCCGGGAAGGUAGGGAACGGCUCGGACGUUGUUUACAUGCUUGCUUUCUGCAGAGGCGACUUUUCGAACGACACUUGCUUUAAGUGCAUAAGCUCCGCUGCUGAAGAUUUGAUGAUCAAGUGUCCGACCCAGAAAGCUGCGUUCUCCUGGGGAACAGUAGAUCCUCCUUGCAUCAUCCGUUACUCUAAUGAUCCGAUUUACGGCGUGAAGCAGACAUCUCCGGCGCAAAUGCUUUAUAACACCGGCCACAUCCAGAUGGACCAGGAUGAGUUCGAUCCGAUAUGGAGGAACUUGACAAAGGAGCUGGCAGUGAGGGCUUCGAUGGGGACGUCAGAGCUCAAGUUCGCCGCAGGGAGGACGUUGUUGCCGAACUUCCAGACGAUGUACGCACUGUUGCAGUGCAGCCCCGAUUUGUCUAGUCUUGAUUGCCAGAGCUGCUUGUGGGAAUGCAUAGAUGGUUAUCAACAGUGUUGCCACGGAUAUCAAGGUGGCCUUGUUGAGAAGCCGAGCUGCAUUUUCCGAUGGGAUUUGUACCCGUUUUUUGUGUCCAAGCCGGGAAAUCCUGUGUCAUCUCCGCCACCACCAACUGCAGUCGCCGAGGACGACCAUACUGCUCCACUAGAAAAUGCCCAAGUCACCUAUGGUAAAACGGUGAAUUCAUUAUGGAUUGUAGAUGCAGUCGAAGGUUCGGGAGUUCUCUUCGUGAUGGCUAUUGUCUUCAUGCCUUGCUUUAUUAGAAGGAGAAGAACUAGUCCAUGGAAGGUCUUAUCUGCAAAAGAGGAAGUCGCAACCACUGAAAACUUACAGUUCAAAAUGAGCGAGAUCAGGGCUGCCACAAAUUCCUUUUCAGAAGGCAAUAAGCUUGGAGAAGGGGGAUUUGGAAAAGUGUAUAAGGGCAAGCUUGAAAAUGGAAAAUAUAUUGCUGUGAAGAGGCUUGAGAGGUGUUCCAAUCAAGGUCAGCAACAUUUCAAGGAUGAGGUCGCUCAGUUGGUCAGACUUCGGCACAAAAAUCUGAUUAAGCUCCAUGGGUAUUGUUUGGAAGAAGGGGAAAGAAUUCUUAUACUCGAGUUCACACCCAAUGGUAGCCUCGAAAGAUUCACUUCUGAUUCAAUCAAACGUGUUUUGUUAAGUUGGGAGAGGCGUUUCAGUAUAAUAAGAGGAAUCGCUCGAGGACUUCUUUACCUGCACGAGGAUUCGUGCCUUAAUAUUAUACACUCUGAUCUAAAGCCUAGCAACGUUCUGCUGGAUGAUAACAUGAAUCCUAGGAUAUCCGAUUUUGGCAUGACAAGGCUAUUUGAUUUGGACCAAAGUAGAGAAAAAACUUCACAUUCCGCAGGAACUUUUGGCUAUAUGGCUCCUGAAUAUGUAAGGCAUCGAGAGAUCUCUGUGAAGACUGAUGUGUAUAGCUUCGGCGUAGUGGUAUUGGAGAUCGUCAGUGGCAAGAAGUAUUCGGAGCACCUACUGAGCGACGCAUGGAAAAAUUGGAGAAAGGGAGCAACUUUUCGCCUUAUAGAUCCGAUGUUAAACAGCAGCAGUUCGAGAAGUGAAAUGUCAAGAUGCAUUCAGAUUGCAUUGUUAUGUGUCCAAGAGAACGUAGGGAGCCGGCCUACCAUGGCUGAGGUGGUUUUAAUGCUCGGCAGCCAGAGCACGACCCUCCCAAUGCCGACACAGCCUGCAUAUUCGACCAAUGCCAGUGUCGGAGAAAUGUCAACUUCAUCGGUCAGUGGCUUGUCAACGCCAUCAACAAACGAAGCUCAGGACGGAUCCACAUCGUACAUGAUAUCAUUAUUGAUUGAUUGAAGCUGAAUUCGGAAGUAAGACGAUGUGAGCUGCUGUUCAGAUGAGUUUAUGCUUUUGAAAGGUCUAAACUCAAGGUGAGUUGCAUUAGGAAUCUAUGGAACAUCCUGCAGGGGACACGACCCCGGUAAUAAUUAAAUUCAAAAUUUUGAUAUGCCUGUGGACCUGUUUCGGGUUCACAGAUGUUUCUUCAUCA